CUCUGUGCCCCCUCCAUCUCGCAUCUGCCGAACCCUCUUCUCCCCAACUCCUCACACUACCCCCCACCACCACCACCACCACCAACGCUUGCAAAAACUAGCACGUUUCAUCAUGCCCAUCUCUGCCUCGGCCCACUACCUCGUAGCGCUGACCGCAGAAUAGCGGCCGACCAACCAACUCCGCCCUCUCUCUCUUCCCUUCUCUAA